CUUUAGAUUCUAGUUUAAGAAUCAUGAUCUGCUUGUUGAAGAUACCUACCACUAGUGCCACCAGGAGUCUUCUGGAGCCUUUUUCAAAAUUACUAAGCUUUGUAAUUCAGAAUGCUGUCUUCACUCUGGCCUACCUGGUGGAACUCUGUGGUUUGUGCUAUCGAGCCUUCACUAAGGAAAGGGACAAAUUCUACUUGACGCGCAGCGUCAUAUUGGAGUUACUGCAGGCACUCAAGUUAAAGUCACCCUUGCCAGACAUGAAUCUGCUGCUAUUGGUGCAGUUUGUUUGUGCAGAUGCUGGAACAAAACUAGCUGAGUCAACAAUCUUGCAUAAACAGAUGAUUGCCUCUAUGCCUGGAUGUGGAACAGCAGCAAUGGAAUGCAUGAGGCAAUAUGUUGGAGAAGUGCUGGAUUUCAUUGCAGAUAUGCAUACCUUAACCAAAUUAAAGAGUCACAUGAAGACUUGUUCUCAGCCACUGCAUGAAGACACGUUUGGUGGACAUCUGAAAGUUGGUUUAGCUCAGAUUGCUGCUAUGGAAAUCACACGGGGAAACCACAGAGACAACAAAGCUGUGAUCCGAUAUUUGCCUUGGCUUUACCAUCCUCCUUCUGCAAUGCAACAAGGGCCCAAAGAGUUCAUAGAAUGUGUCUCACACAUUCGUUUACUGUCCUGGCUACUUCUGGGGUCUCUGACACACAAUGUUGUCUGUCCAAAUUCUCCGUCGUCUUGCAUGCCUAUUCCACUGGAUGCAGGUUCACAAAUUGCUGACCACCUUAUUGUUAUUCUGAUUGGGUUUCCAGAGCAAUCAAAGACAUCUGUUCUGCACAUGUGUUCCCUCUUCCAUGCAUUUAUAUUUGCUCAGCUCUGGACAGUGUAUUGUGAACAAACAGCAGUAGCUCCGACAGUCCAGAAUCAGAACGAAUUUAGCUUUACUGCAAUCCUUACAGCCCUGGAGUUCUGGAGCCGAGUGACACCUAGCAUCCUACAACUAAUGGCACAUAACAAAGUGAUGGUGGAAAUGGUGUGUCUGCAUGUCAUUAGUUUAAUGGAGGCUUUACAGGAAUGCAACUCUACUAUCUUUGUAAAGCUCAUACCAAUGUGGUUGCCAAUGAUACAGUCAAAUCUAAAGCAUUUAUCUGCUGGACUCCAGCUACGCCUCCAAGCCAUCCAGAGCAAUGUCAACCAUCACAGCCUAAGGAUGUUACAGGGGUCAGGACAAAUGAACAAUAGCUCAUCUGUGCUCCGCAAGUGGCUGCAGUGUACCCAAUUUAAAAUGGCCCAAGUAGAAAUUCAGUCGUCAGAAGCUGCAUCUCAAUUUUAUCCUUUAUGAUUCAUGUAAUUUGUUCCAAAUGUUCAUUUUUUAGCUUAGCAAUAACAGGGUUAGAGCUGUAAAAGACCUUUUGUAUAAAUCAGUAUACAGAAUAUAUACUGUAUCUAUACUUUUUACCCUAGGACAGAUGGUGGAAAAGCUUAUAAUGGGUGAAGCUAAGAGCCUGAUCCUGCCAGUCUUUAAUUACACUUACUUAGGAUCAACAGGUUAUCAAGUCUGCAUUCGUGAACAUGUGUUUGCAGGAUUAGACUCAAAUCUAUCACAUUGUACAUAUCUCUCUGAUCAUUGAAAUAUCGUGUUCUGAAAUCUUUCUUUACAUUAUUUUUGAAGCUAAGACAAAAAUCACUUUUCUUUAACUUCUAUUUUUUUUAAAAAUAGAAUUGUGGGUAUUCACAAACAUAUGGAAGUGCUAUGUUGCUAUUUUUUGAUGAUAAUGAAAGAAAACAGGGGUUUUAGGAACCUUUAUAGGAGUUGGUUUUUUGGGGGGGUGUCUUUUUUCUUUCUUUUUUUUUUUUUAGAUUCACAGCUGGCAAUGCAAUAAAACCUGUCACUAUAAAACAGUGAUGUUCCAAUGAGGCUUUUUGUCAUAAUCUUCUGGGAAAACAGCAGCUUGUAAGGAGAGUUAUUAUAAAGUGCACUUAGAAAUUAGGUGGUUAAACUGUGCCAAUUCAUUUGUCUUUUUCUUCAGUACUGCUUUCCAAAACUGCCAAGUCUGAUUUAUUAUUUUUUGAAAUAUUACUUUUACUUCAUUGAUUCUGUGCUGCUCUUCUUUGUAGGUUUCACAGAAGCCUCUUUAAUUUUGUGACUACUGUAUUGUAUUCUUCUGUCAAUACUUGUAUACAGUGCAGUUAAAAAUGGAUAUCCCAGACCUAUUCUUAUUGAUGUCUACAGAAAUUAUGUUGCAGACUUCAAGAGGAGCAUGAUUGGACCUGAACUUUUGCAUAGUGAUAUUUACAAAUCACAGCAUUUGCAUACUAUUGUAUUAAACAUGAUGUUUAAUAACGGAUGGAUUUGAAUAUCAUUAAGGGACUCAGUCAAAGCCCAUUGGAAUCUAAGUAGACUCAAUUAAUUCAGUGGAUUUUACAUAAAAUCUUAAGAGCACCAUGAUUUACCACCUCUUGUAAUUAAUACUUAAAUCUGUGCAAUCACAGUUGUAUUUUCUGUAUUUAUUCCUGUAAUGCACUGAUUAGAAGAAUAACAAACACACAUUUAAGUUGUGUAUUAGAAUGCUAUUAAAUUCCUAGUCUUUAUUACCA